AUGGAGGGGUCUCAGAGGGAGCGGCUGUCCGAGCUGGUGGAGGAGCUGACCACAUCUGGACAGCCGCAGCUCAGUCCGGACAAAAUGAAGGAGCUCAAGAGGAUGUGCAAAGUGUCCAGUGACUGCAUAGAGCAGGUGUACCAUUCAGUCAUGUCCCAGCUGAACCAAGACCAUGCCGAGAUAAGGAUGUCUGCUUUCCAAAUAGCCAGCGAGCUUUUCUCCAGGUCGCACCACUUCAGGACUCUGUUGGUGGACAACUUCCAGGACUUCCUGGAGUUAACGGUGGAGACGGAUACGGAGAGGCCCCUGCCUCCUCCCAAAGAGGUGGCCAGGAGGCUGCGCGCUCUGGCCAUCCAGACGGUCCAGUCCUGGCACGCCUCGCACGGCUCCGUCUAUAAGAAGCUGGCCCUGGGCUACCACUUCCUCAAACAGGUCAAGAAGGUCGACUUCCAGGACGCCGAAGCCAGGACGGUGGCGGAGAGAAGGAGGGAGGAGGAGAGACGGAGCAAGAUGGAGAGGAUCUACAGGGCCCGAGUGGAGGCGGCAUCCAAAGAAAUGGAGGAGUCAUACCAAGAAAUAGAGGCGACCCUGACAGAGAUGGAAUCCUGUAUGAGGCUGCUGCUCCCCGAGUUCUGCGCCGCAGAUUUCCAGACGGCAGACGGCAGCCCCUCGGUCAGCCCAUCGGUCAGCCCUUCGGUCAGCAGCCGGCCCGCCGGCGCCGAGGAGCCCUGCUGCAGCAAGCAGCUGACGGACAGCCGGGCAGGAGAGACCAGCGCUGCCACGGGACCCAAAGGAGUCGAAGGAGCAGCCGGGAAGGAAAGUAACGGCCCCGAGGACGAAAGAGGAAAGGAGGAGCCAGAGAAAAGGCAUAAAGGAGAGAGGAGGGAGCGCCAGAGGAGCCGGGCCGAGCAGGUGGGGGUAGAGAAGGACAACGGAGAAGGAAGCAGUGAACAAGAAGAAGAGGAAGAAGCCUGUGCCGAGGACUGUCUUCACGUGAAGGAGACCGAGGACAACGAGCCGGUCGUUGCUAUGGUCUUCACCAAGUCCCACGCCGAGCAGCAGCUGCUGACCAGAGCCCUGGCUCUGAAGAAGGCCCUGGAGGCCUCGCUUCAGAAGCACAGGGAGCUGAACAUCGACUCCAGCGGCAAAGAGGUGAGUGGCGGGUUCUCUUUUUCCUCUCGGGUCACAGGCUUUGUCAAAGGGAACUGA